GUAGACACCAAUCUUCUGGAGACGAUGUCGGCCUUGAGGUCUUUGACGGCGGCCCAAAUCAUCAGUCAGGGAGAUUACCUCGAUGCCGAUUUCGACCCUGCUACUCUUACAGUUCCGCAAUUGCUUGGGAUCCUCGGUUACCACAGCGUUCGUUUUCCGACACCCUACACGAAGCCCAAACUUGUCCAACUUUUCCUGGAUGAAGUAAGACCGAAGGCCACGAAAUUCCGCAAGGAACGGCUGAAAAGGGAGAACAGUAUCGCUAGCGAUGAUGGAAUAACCGAUGGUAUUACUGGUGAACCAAUUAAUGGAAAGGGAACCUCCACCAGGCGGUCUUCUAGGAGGCUUUCUCGCCGCUCGGAAGACGCUAACCCGAUCCAACCACCUGAACCAGUUAAGCGCCGUCGUUCUGCCCAGCCUAUCCUUAGAAACGUUUCGAAAGGCAAGGCGCGUGCCAUGCAACCCGCACUAGCGGAAGAAAGUGAACCAGACGAAGAGAUGCCUGUGAGGACAUUGCAUAGGAAUGAUGAAACGACAGCGGGUGGGAAGACAAUAACAUAUUUCAAUCCGGCGCAGAAUCUUCUUCCCCUAAUCCCCUGCAAAAGUGUUCGUAGGAAAUCGCGGCAUUCAAUGUCUGCCCCGCCACAAUUGUCGCCGCCAUCUUCUCCCUCAAAGCCCAUGCCACCUAAACAUUUACCACACUCACCGUCUCCAUCGAAAUUUGCGCCACCAUUUCCACCCGGUGUUCCUCAGCCGCAGUUGCCUUCUCCACCUCAUGAAACUCUGGUCAACCGUCCUUCCGCGGAUCAUGGGUUUGUGCCAGACAAUCACACAUCUCUUGAUGAGUCUUUCAUACACGAUCGAGCCGCCAGCGGGGCAGAUUUCACCCCGGCCAGAGAUGAAACUUCGGACUUCGACAAUAAAUUUACCACCGUUUCCCAGGAGGCCGGUCCAGCAGAUCAUUUGCAAUUAUCAGUUCCUAGGCCGAAAUCGCGAUCUCACUUAUUGACGCUGUUCUACCUGAUUUGUCUGGUUAUUGGCUUCACCGUCGUCAUUAAAUUCAAGAACGAAUCAAUGGCUAUUGGAUAUUGCGAUACCGGCUCGAAUACGAAUCGCGCUCUAGGGGAGUUCCAGGCGCGCCUGUCUGCGAGCUCAGCCAAUGAACAGUGGAAUACCACGAUUUCUAAUUUCCUUUCGGCCCUUAUUGAUGGCAUCAGCCGUGAAGACGGAACACCGAGCUCUCCGCUUGCUCUCAUUCCCUUGCCACAUCCCUCGGCGUGUGCUCCUUGUCCAGAAUACGCAACGUGCACUCAGCACACAGUAUCCUGCAAUUCUGGGCACAUACUGCGUCCGCACCCUGUCCUUGCGUUGCUUUCACCUUUCGGUGCCGCUCCUCCACCUGUUGUUCAAAAGGCCUGGAACUUCAUUUCCAAACUGGCUGAUGGAUUGCCUGGUUUAGGACCUGUAGCCUUCCCACCGUCUUGCAUUGAAGAUCCGAAGCGAAAAAGGAAUAUUGGGGCCUUGGGUAAGGCGAUUGAGGCGCUUCUUGGUCAGGAACGUGGUAGACACGACCUGGCUGAUACCGAAGGAGGUGAAGCCAGAAAGUGGGGUUUAGAGAUAGAGGUGUUGCGAGAAGUUAUGAAACAGAAGACAGCGCCACAUCUCUUGGAAACCUUCGAUGACACUUUCAAUGAGGCUAUUCAGCAACUGGCAGAGUGGGGUAGCGUUAUCUUCGGACAGGACAUGUCCGGUAGCCGCUAUUUGGCGCACAAAAUGGCUUAUAUGACCCUUACCUGCCAAGUCACUGUGAAGUUCCGGGAACUGUGGUUACGAUGGCGCGGAACUUUUUUCGCGUGCUUUGUGGCUUAUUGUGCGCUUUAUCUCCUCAGGCGGUCCCGCGCCCAACGACAAAUCGAGGCCAAACGUGUUGCAGAAUUAGUUCGAAUUACUUUGGAUACAUUGCGUAACCAAGAGCUUGCCCACCAUGCGGAUCCGGUGACGGCACCGCAAGCAUAUCUGUCAUCUGUACAACUACGUGACCUCAUUUUACAAGGGGAGCACUCAAUUUCCGCUCGUAGGAGGCUCUGGGACCAGGUGGAACACGUUGUCGAGGGCAACGCAAACGUCAGGGCCAACCUAGAAGAAGUGCAGGGGGGUGACGAGCUCCGAGUUUGGAGAUGGGUGGGGACCGCGGGAAGGGGACCAGAACAACGGAAGAGGGUACGAACUGAAGUAGAAAAGGAUGACGAACCAAUCUCAUGACCUCCUGAGACGUGUAGAUAUCGGCCUUUUUUCAGAAAGCGGCUGACUUAACCAAGCUUUUCUUGUGCUUAGCGAUCACUAAUGAAGUUAAGACUACAUCGAGUCGUUCUUAUGGGUCCUUCUUUAUUCGGC